CGACGACAACAGCUUCUGUUAACCAACCUAUGGAGCGCGACUGUUUCGGAGUCACAAGCGUGAACUCGCCUUGCUGGUAUUGAUAGCAUAGCUUCGUCUCCCAUCGCCGAGAACGAGGGGGAGCUGCUUCGAACCCUGGAUUCAUUCAUUGUCAUGCCACCAAGGAAAAUUCGACCGAGUUUUAAACGCGCCCAGCAAGGUCAAGCUCGUAUUUAAUACGGUAAUACGGUAGCCGGCGGCAUCUGGUGGGGUUGUCCUCUCUGCAUCCCUCCAACGGCUGCUCCCAACGGCUGCUCCCAACGGCUGUUCCCAGUCUCGGGGGCUUCUGUGCCGCGGAGACAUCAUCUCCAUCUCCAUCUCCAUGCGUAGUAUAUAAAGCCAGAACCUCCGCUCCUGGGAAAAGAGGUGGCCGGACUCACAGAUCCGCCAACACUCGCCCAGAGUCUCCCUUCCAUAGCCACCAUGUUGUCUCCGCUAGUAACGGCUCUCCUCGCGCCGGUGCUGGCGUCUGCUAGCUCGGGCUACGCCCAGUCGCCGGCCGUCUUCCCGUCGCCACCGGGCAGGGGCGCGGGCGUAUGGGCGGAUGCGUACGCGAGCGCCCGCGACCUCGUCGGCCAGAUGACGCUCGACGAGCGGGUCAACGUCACGCGCGGCUUCGCCGUCAGCCACAACGUGUGCGCCGGAAACACCGGCACCGUGCCGCGCCUGCAGUGGCCCGGCAUGUGCCUGCACGACGCCGGCAACGGCGUGCGGGCCACCGACCUCGUCAACUCGUACCCGUCGGCGCUCCACGUCGGCGCCGCCUGGGACAAGAGCCUGACGUACGAGAGAGCCUACUACAUAGGCAAGGAAUUCAAGGCCAAGGGCGUCAAUGUCGUGCUGGGCCCCAACGCCGGCCCUCUCGGAAGGUCGCCCCUGGGCGGCCGAAACUGGGAGGGGUUCUCGGUUGACCCCUAUCUGUCCGGCCAGCUGAACGCCGUGACUGUUGUCGGCCACCAGGACGCUGGGGUCAUCGCGAACAUCAAGCAUUUCAUCGCCAACGAGCAGGAAGCAUAUAGGCGGCGCUACUUUGGGGUGGAAGCAGUCUCGGCUAACGUUGACGACAAGACCCUCCACGAGUUCUAUCUAUGGCCCUUCAUGGAUAGCGUGAGGGCAGGUGUGGCCUCAGUCAUGUGUUCCUAUAACCGGAUCAACAACACGUACGCUUGCGAGAACAGCAAGCUCAUGAAUGGCGUUCUCAAAACCGAGCUUGCCUUUGAGGGAUUCGUGCUCCUCGACUGGGAUGCUCAGCACAAUCUCGAGAGCGCCAAUGCCGGACUGGAUAUGGUUAUGCCUAGAGCCGGGUUUUGGGGAGACAAUCUAACUGAAGCUGUCGUCAACGGGUCCAUCGGCGAGGACAGGGUCACGGAUAUGGCAACAAGAAUCCUGGCGGCGUGGUAUCUUCUUGGCCAGAACGACACCGACUUCGCCAUCCCGGGCAUCGGGAUAAAGAACCUCACCUCACCGCACGAACAGGUCGAUGCGCGCAUCCCCGAAUCUCAACCGGUGAUACUAGAAGGGGCGAUAGCCGGGCACGUCCUGGUCAAGAACAGCGGCGCGUUGCCCUUCCGAGAGAAACCGACCAUGCUUUCGGUAUACGGAUACGACGCUACGAUCCCGGAGACUAAGAAUACGGACAACCUGUUCCAGUUGGGGUUCACCUCUUCUCGGGAGAUGGGCCAGGCCGUGCUGGGUUCGGAGCAACAUUUUGACCAGGCGGCUAGGGGAGGGACGAUCAUCACCGGUGGCAGAGCCGGCGCCAACGGCCCAUCCUACAUCGACGAUCCGUUGAGCGCCAUCCAGCGGAGGGCGAGAGCGGACGGGACUUGGAUUAAUUGGGACUUGAUUUCGCCUAACCCCGACGUCAACGGAGCCUCAGACGCGUGUUUAGUCUUCAUAAACGCCAUGGCUACGGAAGGCUGGGAGAGGGAAGGGCUCCACGACGAUUUCAGCGACGGGCUCGUCCUCAACGUCGCGUCGAAGUGCGCGAAUACCAUCGUCGUCAUCCACGCAGCGGGGGUUCGCCUAGUGGACCAAUGGAUCGACCACGACAAUAUUACCGCGGCCGUCAUCGCCCACCUGCCGGGACAAGACAGCGGCGAGGCCCUAGUCAGGCUUAUCUACGGCGAGGCGGGGUUCUCUGGUAAGCUCCCCUAUACCCUAGCCAAGAACGAGAGCGAUUAUGCCGUCUACGCUCCUUGCGGCCGCGGCCCGUCGAACACGACCGACCCUCAGUGCGACUUCACCGAAGGCGUGUACAUCGACUACCGCCACUUCGACGAGCAGGACAUCACCCCCCGCUACGAGUUCGGCUACGGGCUGAGCUACACCACCUUCAACUACUCGUCACUCUCGAUCGAAGUGCUAGCAGUGCACCCCGAACUCCGAGGCGUCCCCAUCCUGAGCAGCGACGAGAGUAUUUGGGAAACCGUAGCCACGGUAAACGCGACCAUCACCAACUCUGGCUCGCUCGCCGGCGCAGAGAUAGCGCAGCUGUAUCUCGGCAUACCCAACAGCCCCCCGAAGCAGUUGCGCGGCUUCGAGAAGGUGUCCCUCGCCCCAGGGGAAUCCGCCGAAGUCGUCUUCGAGCUCACCCGGCGGGAUUUGAGCGUAUGGGACGUGAUCACUCAGGCCUGGAUCGUGCAGGGGGGCGAAUACCCCGUCUAUGUAGGUGCUAGUAGCCGGGACGUCAGACUGACCGGUGGUAUUUCGGUAUAGCACGUUGCAGCCAGGAUACAUUAAUACAACAGACCCUAUUGCGGCUAUUCAGAGAACCGUCGUUAGGUUAAUUGGGUGCGUAUUUGUGUGAAUGUGUCUUCUUGAAGUGACUCGGAGGCAAUAGAGGGGAAAGCUCUCCUUAAGGCAUGCUUUCCUUUUCCAGAAAAGGGGAGGAAGGGGGGGAAUAUUUGAUGUCAAAGUGGG